CUACGCUCGAUGCGCAGCGCCAGAGAGCGAAGCGGCGCGGACUACAAAUCCCGUAGUGCUUUGCGGCGUCGGUGUGUUGACAAGCGGGAGGGCCGGGUAGAGGCAACGGGCCGGGCAGGAUGUCGCGCCAGGCCGGGCGGGGAACCGAGAGCAAGAAAAUGAACUCAGAGCUCUUCACGCUGACGUACGGCGCUCUGGUCACCCAGCUGUGCAAGGACUAUGAGAACGAUGAAGACGUCAACAAGCAGCUUGACAAAAUGGGUUACAACAUAGGAGUUCGGCUGAUAGAAGAUUUUCUGGCCCGAUCCAAUGUUGGAAGAUGCCACGAUUUCCGUGAAACUGCAGAUGUUAUUGCAAAGAUAGCAUUUAAAAUGUACCUGGGCAUCACUCCAAGCAUCACCAACUGGAGUCCUGGAGGAGACGAAUUCUCUCUGAUCUUAGAAAAUAACCCCCUGGUGGACUUUGUUGAGCUCCCUGACAACCACUCCUCUCUCAUCUAUUCCAAUCUGUUGUGUGGAGUGCUGCGAGGUGCCCUGGAAAUGGUUCAGAUGGCUGUGGAUGUAAAGUUUGUCCAGGACACGCUGAAAGGGGACAGCGUCACAGAAAUAAGAAUGAAGUUCAUCAGGCGGAUUGAAGACAACCUUCCAGCUGGUGAAGAGUGAAUGACAACCCAACUUUAGGGCUGGAGGGGACCAGCUGGUGUUGGCCAUUAGCUUUCAUCACAGAUCUGUAGGGAUCUAGUACCCCUGUACAUUCAGACUGACUCACUGACUGUUUAAGAUGUUAUUAUAUUCUUCUACUGUUACUUCCAUUUUCCGUAGAGGACAAUUAUCUAGUUGCUGUUUGUUCCACAGGUUCAUUCUGAAGCUUUUUCAUAAGGUGAUGUUGUUUUCAUAUCCCCCUGGGAACUCUUUCUACACUCAGUUUCUAAUUGUGACCUUUGGUUGUGCAAGAGCUGCUGCUCAGACUCUAAAAGAGCUCCAGUCUGUCCAAACCUGAAUCCAGGUUUUAUAACUCGUAUUGGAGACUAAGGCAAAAGAACCCACUGACUUACUGUUAACUGCUGUCCUUAAGAAGGGUUGGUUAGAAUUCACUUGGAGAUAAGUGCAUAGCAUUUCUGUAGACCAAAGUAGCUUUCUGUAGUUGGUAGUAGUAAAAUACAGGCUUGACACGAAGGGGAGGAAAGCAUCACACAGCACUGAGAUUCAGGAGACCCUCGUGGUUCUUUCUGCUGUUUCUCUUCACAGCAUUGAUGAAAGCAGACACAGCAUCACCUUCCUCCAACAGGACGUUGUGUGUAGUCUCACCAUUCCCCUCUUGGAAGGGCAGAGCCAGUAAAUGGUACAAGAAAACCACUGAGCAUUUUAGAUGGGAGAAAGGCACUCACAGCUCUAACAGCAUUGCUAUUCUGCAGCACGCGCAGCCCGAGGGCUGUGUGCUGACUGCACAGAACCAGAAACUGAGACUAACAACUGGAAGGUAUUAAAUGUGUUUCAGCAAGUAUUGCCUGCUCUCCUGUUACAGCAUAUAAACACUGCACGAUGCGGAGGGGGCGGUGGGGGGAUAUUCUUACACAGAUGUUUAGGCUGGAGCAGAAUUUCCCACGUUACUUGAAUUGGCGAGCUGUGGCAGCCUGUAACACCUGCUGCUCUGCAGAACAAAGGCAUAAAGUAGCAUUAUAUCAUACAAAGCAAGGUGAUGGGAAAUCAGCUUCCUCCACCACCAUCCUAUCAAGGCAGAAAACAGUCAGAUAUUCAUUCUCAAAUCGCUUUACGUAGCAUGAAGGCACAAACCUGCAGAGAGAACCAGGAGCCUGAAGCUGUUGUCUGAAGUGCUACAAGAGGGGAGCUGAUGGGCUGGAUGCCUUUGUAGGUUUGUGCCUGAGUGUAAAGUGUGAGAGAGGAAGGUCCAGGUUGUGCUGCCAUUUGUUGGGGGCCUCCAUGUGAACACUGUCCUCACCCUUUUUGCCCAAGGGAGUCCUCCACCCAAAGGGUUUGGGGUGCAUAGGUAGAAAAGCUCAGAUGUUUCUCAUUGUUGACCAUUAUAAAAAUCAUUUGAAGGUUGCAUUUUAAGAGCUGUUGCAUUAAAAGAAUCCCGACGUCAA